AUGGCAGAAGCAGAGGGAGGAUCCGAGCAGGAUGAUGUUUCAUUCCUGCGGACGGAAGACAUGGUCUGCCUGUCCUGCACGGCAACCGGCGAGCGUGUGUGUCUGGCGGCCGAAGGCUUCGGCAACCGGCACUGCUUCCUGGAGAACAUCGCAGACAAGAACAUCCCGCCGGACCUAUCGCAGUGCGUGUUCGUCAUCGAGCAGGCCCUCUCGGUGCGCGCCCUGCAGGAGCUGGUGACGGCCGCCGGCUCGGAAACGGGAAAAGGUACCGGAUCUGGUCACCGGACGCUGCUUUAUGGCAAUGCUAUCCUGCUGCGUCACAACAACAGCGACAUGUAUCUUGCAUGCCUGUCGACGUCUUCCUCUAACGAUAAGCUGUCGUUCGAUGUCGGUCUGCAAGAGCACAGCCAGGGUGAGGCCUGUUGGUGGACGGUUCAUCCGGCCAGCAAGCAGCGCUCGGAAGGUGAAAAGGUUCGCGUCGGUGACGAUCUCAUUCUGGUGUCCGUCGCCACCGAGCGUUAUCUGCACACGACCAAAGAGAACGAUCUGUCGAUCGUCAACGCGAGCUUCCACGUGACGCACUGGAGCGUACAACCGUAUGGUACCGGUAUUUCGCGCAUGAAGUACGUCGGCUACGUGUUCGGUGGCGACGUGCUUCGCUUCUUCCACGGUGGCGAUGAAUGUUUGACGAUUCCGAGCACCUGGAGCGUAGACUCAGGGCAGAAUAUUGUCGUGUACGAAGGAGGCUCUGUAAUGUCACAAGCUCGAUCGCUGUGGCGUCUGGAGCUGGCCCGUACCAAGUGGGCCGGUGGGUUUAUCAACUGGUCGCACCCGAUGCGCAUCCGCCAUUUAACGACUGGCCGGUACCUCGGCGUGAACGAGAACAACGAGCUCAUCCUGAUGACGCGUGACCAGGCGACUACUUCGCAGACCGCUUUCGUGCUGCGGCUCGAGAAGGACGACCAGAAGGUGGUGCUGGAGGAUAAGGAUCUGGAAAUCAUCGGCGCACCGAUCAUCAAGUACGGUGACUCGACGGUUAUCAUGCAGCACUACGAGUCGGGCCUGUGGGUCAGCUACAAGAGCUACGAGACGAAGAAGAAGGGCGUCGGUAAGGUCGAGGAAAAACAGGCCAUACUCCACGAGGAAGGCAAGAUGGACGAUGGGUUGGACUUUUCACGCUCGCAGGAGGAGGAAUCGCGUACAGCUCGCGUCAUUCGUAAAUGUAGCAGCUUGUUCACCAAGUUUAUCAGUGGCCUUGAAACGCUGCAGGAGAAUCGCCGUCAUUCGAUAUUCCUGCAAACGGUCAACCUCGGUGAGAUGGUUAUGUGCCUGGAGGAUCUGAUCAACUACUUCGCUCAGCCCGAGGAUGACAUGGAGCACGAGGAGAAGCAGAACCGGCUGCGCGCGUUGCGCAAUCGGCAGGACCUGUUCCAGGAGGAAGGUGUUCUCAACCUGAUCCUGGAGGCGAUCGACAAAAUCAACGUCAUCUCGUCGCAGGGCUUCCUGGCGUCCUUCCUGGCCAACGACGAAAGUGGCCAAAGUUGGGACAUGAUUUCCGGCUACCUCUACCAGCUGCUGGCUGCCAUUAUCAAGGGCAACCACACGAACUGCGCUCAGUUUGCCAACUCGAACCGUCUGAACUGGCUGUUCUCUCGACUCGGUUCGCAGGCGUCUAGCGAGGGCUCGGGAAUGCUGGAUGUACUGCACUGCGUGCUUAUCGACUCACCGGAGGCGCUGAACAUGAUGCGUGACGAACAUAUCAAGGUGAUCAUCUCGCUGCUGGAGAAGCACGGCCGCGAUCCGAAGGUACUGGACGUUCUGUGCUCGCUGUGCGUCGGUAACGGCGUGGCGGUACGCUCGUCGCAGAACAACAUCUGUGACUUUCUGCUGCCAGGCAAAAAUCUACUCCUGCAGACCGGACUCGUCGAUCAUGUGGCCAGCAUCCGGCCGAACAUCUUUGUCGGUCGCGUCGAAGGUUCCGCCAUCUAUCAGAAGUGGUACUUCGAGGUAACGAUGGAUCACAUCGAGCAGAUGACGCACAUGACGCCCCAUCUGCGCAUCGGUUGGGCCAACACGGCCGGUUACGUGCCGUACCCGGGCGGUGGCGAGAAGUGGGGCGGAAACGGAGUCGGUGACGAUCUCUUUUCGUACGGGUACGACGGUGUACACUUCUGGUCUGCCGGACGGCGCACCUGCGUCGUGCCUCGGGAGGUUACGGAGCCGUACAUCAAGAAGGGUGACGUCAUCGGCUGCACGCUAGAUCUUAGCGUCCCGGUAAUUCGCUUUACGUUCAACGGUGAACCGGUGCAGGGUUGCUUCACCGAUUUCAACCUGGACGGCAUGUUCUUCCCCGUCAUGAGCUGCUCGUCGAAGUUGAGCUGUCGCUUCCUGUUCGGCGGCGAUAACGGACGUCUGAAGUUCAACCCGCCGCCCGGUUUUUCACCGCUCGUGCAGUGCCUUAUGCCUCACCAGAACCUCAGUCUGGAUCCGUGCUUCUACUUCGGCAAUCUGAACAAGAACGUCCUGGCCGGACCCUGGCUCGUGGAAGACGAUUCUGCUUUCGUGCCGAAACCGGUCGAUACGUCAACCGUAACGUUGCCCUCGUCGGUCGAGACGAUCCGGGACAAGCUGGCGGAGAACAUCCACGAAAUGUGGGCGUUGAACAAGAUCGAAGCCGGUUGGACCUGGGGCGAACGGCGUGACGACGUGUACCGCAUUCAUCCGUGUCUGACAUCGUUCGAGAAGCUGCCGUCCGCUGAGAAGCGCUACGAUUGCCAGCUAGCCGUGCAGACUCUCAAGACGAUCCUCUCGCUCGGCUACUACAUCUCGGUUGACAAACCGCCGGCACGCAUCCGUCCCAUCCGCCUGCCGAACGACCCGUACAUGCAGGGCAACGGCUACAAACCGGCACCGCUGGAUCUCAGCGCGGCCGUGCUCACGCCCAAGAUGGAGGAGCUGGUGGACCAGCUGGCCGAAAACACGCACAACCUGUGGGCCAAGGAGCGCAUUCAGCAGGGUUGGACGUACGGUUUGAACGAGGACUCGGAGAACUUGCGCAGCCCUCAUCUGGUUCCGUACUCGAAGGUGGACGAAGCGAUCAAGAAGGCCAACCGCGAUACAGCCUCCGAGACGGUGCGCACGCUGCUCAUCUACGGCUACAACCUGGAUCCACCGACUGGCGAGGCCAACGAGGCGCUAGCCGCCGAGGCCCUGCGUCAAAAGUUCGCAGCCUACCGUACGUACCGUGUCGAGCGGACGUAUGCGGUCACUUCCGGCAAGUGGUACUUCGAGUUUGAAGUGCUGACAGCCGGUCCGAUGCGGGUUGGUUGGGCUCGAGCCGACUGCAACCCUGGCACGAUGCUGGGAAGCGACGACUCUACGUGGGCUUUCGAUGGAUACAAUGCACGCAAGAUCCACCUCCAUACGCUCGAAGACUUUGGUCGUCGGUAUAAGAUUGGGGACAUCAUCGGUUGCUUCAUAAACGUCCACGAGAAGAGCAUAAGUUUCUCACUGAACGGUGAGCUGCUGAUGGAUGCCCUCGGCGGGGAGACUACGUUCGCCGACGUUAACGCACCGGAAGGUGUUGGAUUUGUGCCGGCGUGCACGAUCGGUAUCGGCCAGAAAGCUCGCGUCGUUUACGGACAGGAUGUGGACUCGCUGAAAUGGUUCACCACCUGCGGUUUGCAGGAAGGCUACGAACCGUUCUGCGUGAACAUGAAACGCCCGGUCACUCACUGGUACACGAAAGAUCAACCAAUCUUCGAGAACACCGAUGAAAUUCCGGACGGUAAGAUCGACGUCACUAGAAUCCCGGGCGGAGCGGAUACGCCGCCCUGCAUGAAAAUCUCGCACAACACGUUCGAGACGAUGGAAAAGGCGAACUGGGAGUUUCUGCGACUUUCGCUGCCAGUUACGUGCGCAAACACGUUUAUCAGUGAGUCGGAAAAAAUGCGCCGCUGGGAGGAGAUUCGCAUCCGUCAGCACCGUUUGAUGACGGAGGUUGACCACUCGGCACCGGCGCACUUCGACCACAUCAUGCGUAGCGGAUUCACCAUGAACGACAUCAAGGGUCUUCACCGGAACUACUCGGAGGACGCCGCCGAAGCGGACGAUAUGCUUCGCAACGGACCUCGCCGGCCUUCUCGUCACGCGCCGCGUGGUGGCCUCAGCCCACCCGGCAUCGAGAUCAACGGCGAAGCCACGAGUGACGGCGAGCUGAACGCGUACUCGGACAACGAACUCGAAGGAGCCGGUGACGAUCGCAAGAAGCGUGGCCGCAGCCCGUUCCGCUUGUUCGGCAAGAAGCGCGACCAGAGCAAGGACAAGCUGAAGGACCGGCGCACCCCGGAGCCGGAACCACGCAAGAGCAACCUGAAGGUGGCCCAGCGAAGCCAGGCUAUGCGUCUGUCGAACAGCGAUCUGCGUUCGCAACCACCGAUGACGCCGGAGCGCAAGGGAGGCAUGGGCAGCCCGCAGGUGGAAUCGUUCGGCAACGAAGUGUACGAUGCCGACUGUUUGCGCCUCAUCAACGAAUACUUUUACGGCGUGCGCAUCUUCCCCGGUCAGGACCCGACGCACGUGUACGUCGGCUGGGUAACGACACAAUACCACGUCCACAGCAAGGAGUUCGGACAGAAUAAGGUGCGCCACGCGGCGAUCUACGUCGAAGACGAGACUGGCAAGACGGUUGAGAUUGUAAACCGCCAGUCGUGCUACAUGGUGCGUGCGGAUGAACUGUUCAACGAAGUCACGCAGGACUCGUCUGGUAAGGGAGCCUCGCAGGGUAUGUUCGUCGGAUGCUUCGUCGACACGGCCACCGGUACGAUCCGGUUCACGUGCGAGGGUAAGGAAACGUCGCACGUCUUCCUAAUGGAGCCCGACACCAAGCUCUUCCCGGCCAUCUUCGUCGAGGCCACCAGCAAGGAGAUUCUGCAGAUCGAGCUCGGUCGUACACCGACCACGUUGCCUCUGUCGGCCGCAGUUCUGCCAACGAGCGACAAGCACAUCAACCCGCAGUUCCCACCGAGGCUGAAGGUACAAUGUCUGAAGCCGCACCAGUGGGCCCGUGUGCCCAACACCGCCCUACAGGUGCACGCCCUCAAGCUCUCGGACAUACGCGGUUGGUCGAUGCUGUGCGAAGACCCGGUGUCCAUGCUAGCCCUGCACAUCCCGGAGGAGGAUCGCUGCAUCGACAUCCUGGAGCUGAUCGAGAUCGAUCGUCUGUUGCAGUUCCACGCGCACACACUCACCCUCUACUCGGCCCUUUGUUAUCAGUCCAACUAUCGGGCAGCGCAUGCCCUGUGCUCGCACGUCGACCAGAAGCAACUACUGUACGCCAUUCAGUCGGAGUACAUGAGCGGUCCGCUGCGACUCGGUUUCUACGAUCUGUUGAUUUCUCUCCAUCUCGAAUCCCACGCCACGACAAUGGAGGUUUGUAAGAAUGAGUACAUCAUUCCGCUCGGGUCCGAUUUGCGCGAGCUGUACACCGAUCCGGAGAUGUGUCACUCGCUGCGCUCACUGCAGACGCUCUCCGUGCGCCCGGAAAUGAACAUGACCGAGAUUGCUGAACCCAUACCGGCAAUUGACUCGUUAUAUUCGCCAAGAUUCCCACUGGAGGUGGUGAGAGAGUUCGUGAUGAGCGCCCUCCAGGAGGCGGUGCUCAUCAAUCAGGUACACAAUCGCGAUCCGAUCGGUGGAUCAAACGAGAACCUCUUCCUGCCACUGAUCAAGCUGAUCGAUCGUUUGCUGCUGGUUGGCGUUAUCACCAACGAGGACGUCGAGAAGCUGCUGAUCAUGAUCGAUCCGGAAACUUGGGACCCAUUGUUCGAGAAGGAGGGUAAAGACGAACACCGCAAGGGACUGCUGACGAUGAAGAUGGCGGAGGGUGCAAAGUUGCAAAUGUGCUAUCUGCUACACCAUCUGUACGACGUACAGCUGCGCCAUCGUGUGGAGAGUAUAAUCUCAUUCGCACACAACUAUGUUGGUGAUCUGCAGCAGGAUCAGCUACGCAGAUACAUUGAGAUCAAGCAGUCGGAUUUGCCAAGCGCAGUUGCGGCGAAGAAAACGCGCGAGUUCCGCUGUCCGCCGCGUGAGCAGAUGAACGCCAUCCUAGGCUUCAAGAACCUCGAAGAGGAGGAUCUAGAGAAUGCGUCCUGCGGCUCGGAUCUGCGCAAUCGGUUGAUCGAGUUUCACGAGAGGCUCAUGGGCAAGGUGUCGUUGAAUGCCCUGCAGGAACCGGAAGAGCCGGAAGCCGACAAGGCCGAAGAUGGACGCCCGGGAGCGCUCAAGAAGGUGUACAACUUCAUAAACGCCGUUAAGGAGCUGGAGGAAGACCCGAAGGAACCGGUGGAGGAGGAAAAGAAAACGCCUGAAGAGGUGUUCCGCAAGGUGCUGAUCAAGCAGAUCGUGUCCUGGGCGGAGGAGUCGCAGAUCGAGAACCCGAAGUUGGUCCGUGAGAUGUUCAGUCUGCUCGUGCGUCAGUACGACACGAUCGGAGAGCUUAUCAAGGCGCUCAACAAAACUUACGUAAUCAACGCCAAAACGAAGAGCGAUGUGGCCAACAUGUGGGUUGGACUGAGCCAGAUACGUGCCCUGCUGCCGGUACAGAUGAGCCAGGAGGAGGAAGAGUUGAUGCGAAAGCGACUCUGGAAGCUGGUGAACAACCAUACGUUCUUCCAGCACCCGGAUCUGAUUCGUAUCCUGCGUGUGCACGAGAACGUCAUGGCGGUCAUGAUGAAUACGCUUGGGCGGCGUGCGCAGGCACAGAGCGACGCACCGGUGCAGACAGCCGAGGGCGAAGAGUCGGCACCGAAGGAGAAAGACACAUCCCACCAGAUGGUGGUAGCAUGCUGUAGGUUCCUAUGUUACUUCUGCCGUACUGGCCGCCAGAACCAGAAGGCUAUGUUCGACCACUUUGACUUCCUGCUCGAAAACUCCAACAUCCUUCUUUCACGCCCGAGCCUGCGGGGCUCGACCCCGCUGGACGUGGCGUACUCCAGCUUGAUGGAGAACACCGAGCUAGCACUAGCGCUGCGCGAACACUAUCUGGAGAAGAUUGCCAUCUACCUGUCGCGGUGCGGUCUGCAGAGUAACUCGGAACUGGUCGAACGGGGCUACCCCGAUCUGGGCUGGGAUCCGGUCGAGGGUGAACGCUACCUGGACUUCCUUCGUUUCUGCGUCUGGGUGAACGGGGAGAGUGUGGAGGAGAAUGCCAACCUCGUCAUCCGACUGCUUAUCCGCCGCCCGGAGUGUCUCGGACCGGCGCUACGUGGUGAGGGUGAAGGCCUGCUGAAGGCCAUCAUGGAAGCGAACAAAAUGUCCGAACGAAUCUCCGAACGACGCAAGAUGAUGGACGAGACCGAGGGCACCAUUGCCGGGCUUAACUUCACCCACCCCCUGCCGGAGGGUGAUGACGAUGAGGACUACAUCGACACCGGUGCAGCCAUCCUGUGCUUCUACUGUACGCUAGUUGAUCUGUUGGGUCGCUGUGCGCCAGAUGCGGCCGUUAUCGAGCAAGGCAAGAACGAGUCGCUGCGUGCGCGUGCCAUUUUGAGAUCAUUGGUUCCGCUGGAGGAUCUGCAGGGUGUGCUGAGUCUGAAGUUUACCCUCACCAACCCGGCCAUUGGUGAGGAUAGGCCAAAGUCCGACAUGCCGUCCGGUUUGGUGCCUGGCCACAAGCAGAGCAUCGUCCUGUUCCUCGAGCGCGUGUAUGGUAUCGAAACGCAGGAGCUAUUCUACCGUCUGCUGGAGGACGCUUUCCUGCCAGAUUUGCGUGCUGCAACCAUGCUUGACCGCAGUGACGGUUCCGAGAGUGACAUGGCGUUGUCGAUGAAUCGUUACAUCGGUAACUCUAUCCUUCCGCUGCUGAUCAAGCACAGUAAGUUCUACAAUGAGGCUGAAAACUACGCCAGCCUGUUGGAUGCCACGCUGCACACUGUGUACCGCAUGUCGAAGAAUCGCAUGCUGACCAAGGGCCAGCGUGAAGCUGUAUCAGAUUUCCUUGUCGCACUAACAUCCGCCAUGCACCCGGCCAUGUUGUUGAAGCUGCUGCGUAAACUGACCAUCGAUGUGUCGAAGCUGUCAGAGUAUACCACUGUCGCACUGCGGCUACUGACGCUGCACUACGAGCGUUGCGCUAAGUACUACGGCACUACCGGUGGUGGCCAGGCGUCCCAGUUUGGCGCGUCCUCCGACGAGGAGAAGCGUCUCACGAUGCUGCUGUUCUCGAACAUUUUCGACUCGCUCAGCAACAUGGACUACGAUCCGGAACUGUUCGGUAAGGCACUUCCAUGUCUUAUUGCGAUCGGUUGUGCCCUGCCGCCAGACUAUAGUCUGUCCAAGAACUCAGACGACGACCUGUACGGUAAACCGACCGGCGGUGGCCCCGAUCAGCCGCACUAUAAUCCGCAGCCGAUCGACACGACCGCCGUUCAGUUGACCAACGAUCUCAAUCAGAUCGUGCAGAAGUUCAGCGAACACUACCACGACGCCUGGGCUAGCCGCAAGCUGGAGAAUGGAUGGACCUACGGUGACCAGUGGUCCGAUUCCAGCAAGACUCAUCCUCGCCUGAAGCCGUACAACACUCUCAGUGAAAACGAACGUGAACGCUACCGUGAACCAGUUCGUGAGAGCUUGAAGGCUCUUCUUGCUCUGAACUGGAGAAUUGAACACUCCGAAGGUGACGUCCCGCUAUCCAACCGUGGAUCGAUGCGUCGCCAGUCGAAGCCGAAUCUUGGCGACACGGGUUCACCGUUCAACUACAACCCGCACCCAGUCGACAUGACCAACCUGACGCUGAGCAGAGAAAUGCAGAACAUGGCCGAACGGUUGGCCGAGAACUCGCACGAUAUCUGGGCGAAGAAAAAGAACGAGGAGUUGAACCAGUGCGGUGGGGCCAUCCACGCACAGCUCGUCCCGUACGAUCUGCUGACCGACAAGGAGAAGCGUAAGGAUCGCGAACGUUCGCAAGAGUUCCUUAAGUAUCUGCAGUACCAGGGUCUUAAGCUGCACAAACCAUCUCGUGGACAAACGGAAGAGCCGGGCAUGAGUACGGCGGCCAUUGAGCUUCGUUUCGCCUAUUCGUUGCUUGAGAAGCUGAUCUCGUACAGCGAUCGUGCCACGAUCAAUAUGAAGUUGCUGAAACCAUCGACCACGUUCAGCCGUCGAUCGUCGUUUAAGACCUGCUCGCGAGACAUUAAGUUCUUCUCGAAGGUCGUCUUGCCGCUGAUGGAGAAGUACUUCUCGUCAAACCGCAACUACUUUAUCGCGAUCGCAACCGCAACCAACAACGUCGGUGCGGCUUCGUUGAAGGAGAAGGAAAUGGUUGCUAGUUUGUUCUGCAAACUGGCCAGUCUGCUUCGCCACCGGCUGACGGCAUUUGGGGCGGAUGUGCGCAUUACCGUACGGUGCCUGCAGGUGCUGGUGAAGAGCAUUGACGCUAAAUCGCUGGUCAAGAACUGUCCCGAGUUCAUCCGAACGUCGAUGCUGACCUUCUUCAACAACACGGCUGAUGAUCUAGGCCAAACGAUCGUCAACCUGACGGAUGGCAAGUACGAUCGACUGCGCGGAACGCAUCUGAAGACAUCAACCUCGCUAGCUUACGUCAACCAGGUGAUUUUGCCCGUGCUGACGUCGCUAUUCGAUCAUUUGGCCGCGUGCGACUAUGGAAGCGACUUGCUGUUGGACGAAAUUCAGGUUGCGUCGUACAAGAUCCUUUCGGCUUUGUACACUCUUGGCACCGAUAUGUCGCUGACUCGCGACCGUAAAUACCUGAAGACGGAACUGGAGCGCCACAAGCCGGCCCUCGGAUCCUGUCUCGGUGCAUUCAGCUCCUGUUUCCCGGUGGCAUUCCUCGAGCCGCACGCCAACAAGCACAAUCCGUUCUCGCUACUGAACCGCAUCGCCGACACGUCCCUCGAGGCGCAGGACAUCAUGACCAAGAUGGAAAGCAGCAUGCCGACGCUCGAGUCGAUUCUGGCCGAGGUGGACCAGUUCGUCGAGUCGGAGAAGACGUACCAGGAGGCGCAGCACAUUAUCGAUGUAAUUCUGCCGCUGCUGUGUUCGUACCUACCGUUUUGGUGGAACCAGGGCCCGGACAAUGUUAGCCCGCAGACCGGCAAUCACGUCACGAUGGUAACCGCUGAACACAUGAACCACCUGCUGAAGAAUGUGCUCAAGAUGAUCCGCAAGAACAUUGCUAACGAGAACGCACCGUGGAUGACGCGCAUUGCCACCUACACGCAGCAGAUCAUCAUCAACAGCUCCGAGGAGCUGCUCAAGGACGUCUUUCUGCCGUUGGCCGAGCGGGUCAAGAAGCGUUGCGACAGUAUGUUCCACAAGGAGGAAAGCUUGCGUGGUUUCCUCAAGUCUUCCACCGAUGAUACCUCCCAGAUUGAAGCACAAAUCCAGGAGGACUGGCAACUGCUGGUCCGCGAUAUCUACUCGUUCUAUCCGCUGCUGAUCAAGUACGUCGACCUGCAGCGCAACCACUGGCUCAAGGAUAACGUGUCCGAGGCGGAAGAGCUGUACAACUACGUGGCGGAGAUCUUCAACGUGUGGUCCAAGAGCCAGUACUUCCUGAAGGAAGAGCAGAACUUCAUCUCGGCCAACGAAAUCGACAACAUGGCACUGAUCAUGCCUACUGCCACCCGUCGCUCGGCAGCCAUUUCUGGUGACGUUCCCGCCUCCGGUGGCAAGGUGAAGAAGAAGAAGCGUAGCCGCGACAAGAAGCGUGACAAGGACAAGGAAAUUCAGUCCAGCUUGAUGGUCGCCUGUUUGAAGCGUCUGCUGCCCGUUGGCCUGAAUUUAUUUGCCGGCAAGGAGCAGGAACUGGUUCAACACUGCAAGGAUCGCUAUUUGAAGAAAAUGCCCGAAUACGAGGUGAUCGAGUUUGCUCGCACGCAAUUGACACUGCCGGACAAGCUCGACCCUGCCGACGAAAUGUCCUGGCAGCAUUAUCUGUACUCGAAGCUCGGCAAGAAGGAGCAAAUAGUCGCGGACUCGCUCGAAAAGUCUGACAAAAAGCCCGAAAACAAAAUCGAAGACACGGUCGAGCGCAUCGUCGCCAUGGCCAAGGUUCUUUAUGGACUGCACAUGGCAUGCCGACCUAUUGCGAAAGGUCUUAAUUGGACACAAGUUUUAUCACAAGCACGACGCAAAAUGGCUGUUGCAUGUCUAAGAGCAAAACCAAUGUAUAGAUUGAGCAGACACCGCGCGUGCAAUAUCUUCGGUCGGAGCUACUCGGAACUGUGGCUAGAGGAUGAGAAUGUCGGGCAAGAGGUCAUGAUAGAGGAUCUUACGCAAACAUUUGAAGAUGCCGAGAAGAAAAAGAAGGACGAAGAAGAAGAGGAAGGCAAGCCGGAUCCACUGACGCAGCUGGUAACGACGUUCUGCCGCGGAGCGAUGACAGAGCGUAGCGGUGCAUUGCAGGAAGAUCCGCUGUACAUGUCGUACGCCAACAUUGUGGCUCGAUCGUGCGGAGAAGAGGAAGAGGAAGGCGGAGAUGAAGAGGAAGGUGCUGGAGAAGAUGAAGGCGGCGCUAGCAUUCAUACUAUGCAAAAGCUAAUGGAACAAGAAAUGGAGAAGCAGAAACUCUUGUUCCACCAGGCCCGUUUGGCGAACCGUGGUGUGGCGGAGAUGGUGCUGCUGCACAUUUCCGCCUCGAAGGGUCUGCCCUCGGAGAUGGUGAUGCGUACGCUGGAGCUCGGUAUCGCCGUGCUACGCGGCGGUAACAUCGACAUUCAGAUGGGCAUGCUGAACCAUCUGAAGGAGAAGAAGGACGUCGGAUUCUUCACCUCGAUCGCGGGCCUGAUGAACUCGUGCAGCGUGCUCGAUCUGGACGCGUUCGAGCGAAACACCAAGGCCGAGGGUCUCGGUGUCGGCUCGGAUGGUGCCGCCGGUGAGAAGAACAUGCAUGAUGCCGAGUUCACCUGCGCGCUGUUCCGCUUUAUUCAGCUGACCUGCGAGGGUCACAACUUGGACUGGCAGAAUUAUCUGCGUACGCAGGCCGGUAACACGACCACCGUCAACGUGGUCAUCUGUACGGUCGAUUACCUGCUGCGUCUGCAGGAGUCGAUUAUGGACUUCUACUGGCACUACUCCAGCAAGGAGCUGAUCGAUCCGGCCGGUAAGGCCAACUUCUUCAAGGCAAUCGGUGUGGCCAGCCAGGUGUUCAACACCCUCACUGAGGUGAUUCAGGGUCCGUGUACGCAGAAUCAGCAGGCGCUCGCGCACUCGCGUCUGUGGGACGCGGUCGGUGGUUUCCUGUUCCUGUUCUCGCACAUGCAGGACAAACUGUCGAAGCACUCGAGCCAGGUGGACCUGCUGAAGGAGCUGCUCAACUUGCAGAAGGACAUGAUCACCAUGAUGCUGUCCAUGCUGGAGGGCAAUGUCGUGAACGGCACCAUCGGCAAGCAGAUGGUGGACACGCUGGUCGAGUCGGCCUCGAACGUCGAGCUGAUCCUGAAGUACUUCGAUAUGUUCCUGAAGCUAAAGGACCUAACGUCCACGCCGAGCUUCAUGGAGAUCGAUGCGAACGGCGACGGCUGGAUCAUGCCGAAGGAUUUCCGCGAAAAAAUGGAACAGCAGAAGAGCUACACGCCGGAGGAGAUCGACUUCCUGCUGGCGUGCUGCGAGACCAACCACGACGGCAAGAUCGACUACAUCGGCUUCGUCGACCGGUUCCACGAGCCGGCUAAGGAGAUCGGCUUUAACCUGGCGGUGCUGCUGACGAACCUGUCCGAGCACAUGCCGAACGAGCCGCGCCUGGCGCGCUUCCUAGAGACGGCCGGCUCGGUGCUGAACUACUUCGAAUCGUUCCUCGGCCGCAUCGAGAUCAUGGGCUCGUCCAAGCGCAUCGAGCGCGUCUACUUCGAGAUCAAGGAAGCGAACAUCGAGCAGUGGGAGAAGCCGCAGAUCAAGGAGUCGAAGCGUGCCUUCUUCUACUCGAUCGUCACCGAGGGUGGCGAUAAGGAGAAGCUGGAGGCGUUCGUGAACUUCUGCGAGGACGCCAUCUUUGAGAUGACGCACGCGUCCGGGUUGAUGGCGAGCGACGACGACGGCGCAACCGUGCGCCGCGACCAAGCCUUUACGUACAUCAGCGAGGAGGAAGAGGAGCGGGCCGCCCAGGACCCGAUCAAGCGCACCAUCCAGGCGAUCAAGGAUGGCCUCUCCUACUCGAUGUACAUGAUCAGCCCGUCCAACAUCAAGCACCAGAUUACCGUACUGCAGUCGAAAUCAUUCCCCGAAAUCAUUGUCGGCUUCUUCAAGAUGAUAUUCUACGCGUUCUACUACUCUGGCUUUGGCGUUUCGGUCGUGAUCCGAUACCUGGUGAACAUCCUCAUGUCACUGAUGCGCGGACCAGCCCAGGAGGAGGAGGAACCCAUCCCGGAGGCGGAACCGUCCCUACGGGCACUACCACCAUUGCCCCUCGAGGAACCGCCAGGUACGGUGCAAGCGUUUGGAUUGGAUAUCAGCAAGGAGGAGAACGGACAGUACCGCAUGGCACCGCACGAGUCGCCCGCCCUAAGCCCCUCGUCGUCGAUCGAGGAAACGGGUGAGAGCAGUCCGGAGGAUGGCGCAAACGAGCUGACGGGCGAAGGUGUCGCGCCGGGUGAGCAGAUGACUCUGGUCGAUCUGCUCGGCGGUGAAGCGGCGAAGCGUGCCGCCCAGGAGCGCACCGAGGCGCAGAAGGCGCAGGAGGCAACGCUGGCAAGCAUCGAGGCCGAAUCGAAGAAGGCGUCGGCCGAAACGAAGGAACCCGCCGCCGUGCACCAGAUCGACUUCUCCAAGUACACGAAAAAGUGCGUCAGCUACCUGGCGCGCAACUUCUACAACCUCAAGUACGUCGCGCUGGUGCUGGCCUUCUGCAUCAACUUCAUGCUGUUGUUCUACAAGGUGACGACGCUCGGCGACGAUGAGGACGCGGAAGGGUCGGGCGAGGGCCUGAUGGGACUUGGCUCCGGCAUGGGAUCUGGCCUUGGCAUUUUGGAAACGGGAUCGGGCGGCGGUGCUGAUGGCGGCAGCGGCGACGGCGAAGGCGAAGAGGAGGAUCCACUCGAGAAGGUGCAUGUCGAUGAGGACUUCUUCUACAUGGAACACGUGUUGCGGGUGGCCGCCAUACUGCACAGCUUGGUCUCGCUUGCCAUGCUGAUCGCCUACUACCACCUGAAGGUGCCGCUGGCUAUCUUCAAGCGCGAGAAGGAAAUUGCCCGCCGACUGGAGUUCGACGGACUGUUCAUUGCCGAGCAGCCGGAGGACGACGACAUCAAAUCGCACUGGGACAAGCUGGUCAUCUCGGCGAAGACGUUCCCGGUGAACUACUGGGACAAGUUCGUGAAGAAGAAGGUCCGCCAGAAGUACAGCGAGACGUACGAUUUCGACUCGAUCUCGAACCUGCUCGGCAUGGAGAAGACGGCGUUCGCGGCGCAGGAGGCGAACGAGGGCGGCGGCUUCUUCCACUUCAUCGCGAACAUCGACUGGCGCUACCAGAUCUGGAAGGCCGGUGUAACGAUCACGGACAACUCGUUCCUCUACUCGCUCUGGUACUUCACCUUCUCGGUGAUGGGCAACUUCAAUCAGUUCUUCUUCGCCGCCCAUCUUCUCGAUGUGGCCGUCGGUUUCAAAACGCUCCGCACGAUCCUGCAGUCGGUCACGCACAACGGCAAGCAGCUGGUGCUGACGGUGAUGCUGCUCACGAUCAUCGUCUACAUCUACACGGUCAUUGCGUUCAACUUCUUCCGCAAGUUCUACAUCCAGGAGGACGACGAUGGCGAGGAGGGCGACCGGAAGUGCCACGACAUGGCAACCUGCUUCGUGUUCCACCUGUACAAGGGUGUGCGGGCGGGCGGUGGCAUCGGUGACGAAAUCGGUGACCCCGACGGCGACGAGUACGAGGUGUACCGCAUCCUGUUCGACAUUACGUUCUUCUUCUUCGUCAUCGUCAUCCUGCUGGCCAUCAUCCAGGGUUUGAUCAUUGAUGCGUUCGGUGAGCUUCGUGAUCAGCUCGAGUCGGUCAAGGAGGACAUGGAGUCUAACUGCUUCAUCUGUGGAAUAGGCAAGGACUACUUCGAUAAGGUACCGCACGGGUUCGAUACGCACGUGGCACAGGAGCACAACCUGGCCAACUACAUGUUCUUCCUGAUGCAUUUAAUCAACAAACCGGAUACCGAGUACACCGGUCAAGAGACGUACGUGUGGAACAUGUACCAGCAGCGCUGCUGGGACUUCUUCCCCGUCGGUGACUGCUUCAGAAAGCAGUACGAGGAUGAGCUGGGCGGUGGAGGCAGCUAAGCCGCAGAACGGUCCCCCACCGCCAGUAGCAAAACCAGCGGAACAAAGGCAGAACACCCGCACACAGCCACAACAUAAGCA